UGAAAAGCAACGUAAGAAAUAAAGCCAAAGUUGAGGGCUCUAUAUGCAAUGCGUACUUAGUGGAAGAGGCAUCGACAUUCUGCUCUCAUUAUUUUGAAGAUCACGUAAGAACAAAGUUUAGAAGUGUGCCUCGCAAUUAUGAUGGUCGAGGAGAGAGUAAGUAUGAUGACUAUCUAGAUAUGCUUUCAAUCUUCAAGCAAGCUGGACGACCUUUUGGAAAGAUGUCGAAGAGAUAUCUCGAUAGCAAGGAGUAUGAUGCUGCUCAUUUAUAUGUGUUGCUCAAUUGCAUUGAAGUUGCAGACACGUAUUUGGAGUAUGUAUAUCACUACUUGUUGAAAAAAAAAUAUUUAGUAGUUAAAAUACUAAUACAAUAACUUGUGUCAUUUGAAGUUUGUUUAUCGAUGAUUUGCAAAGAUCAAAUCCGCUGAUCUCAAGCACUAAUAUUCAAAAGGAGAUCGAAAGAGACUUUGCGCGUUGGUUUGGUGCAUAUGUGAGUGUUUAUCUCAUGAAUUAUACGCAAUAUUUAAUAUUUAAUAUAUUAGAUAUUAUUGAUGAUGAUUUGAUAAUUAUGAUAUAGGUCAAAAAUCCUACUAGCAACGUCGUGAAUCCAUUUAUAUUGGAUAUUGCAAAAGGGCCUUCACCACUAAUUAAGACGUAUCCAGGAUAUUAUGUGAAUGGAUAUAAAUUUCACACUUUGGAACGUGGGACACAAAGAGCAACAAUGAAUAGUGGAGUAUGCAUUAAGGGUGAGACUUAUGGUACAUACAACAAGAAUGAACUCGAUUUUUAUGGUCGAUUAUUGGAUGUUUGUGAGUUAGAAUAUCAUGGGCUACCAAUUAAGACCAUAACAAUGUUUAAAUGUGAGUGGUUUGAUCCAUUACGAUCGGGGACAUCAGUGCAUCCUGACUAUAAGUCAGUUUCUAUAAACCAUACGCGAAGGUACAACAAGUAUGAACCGUUUGUCUUAGCCCACCAAGCUAUCCAAGUGUAUUAUUGUCCAUAUCCGAGUUUAAAACAGUCUACUAAUGACUAGUGGGAACUUUGCAAAAUUAAAGCUAGAUCUAAUGUGGAAGUCUCAGAUCAAUCAUCUAGCUUAAUAGUACCUCCACCAUUUCAAGAGGAUGAGUUGCCUUCAAUUACAAAUCCAAUUAUGGAUGAUGACGCAACAUUAGUCCAUCCUGAUGGUACUUUGAUUGACAUAGAAGAGGAAGAAGAUGAUGAUGAUGAUGAUGAAUUAGCUGAAGAUGAUGAGUUGUCCGAGCAAGAAGAUAAUUAAUGAUAAUUCAAGUGAUUCGGAUUAGGACGAUGCUGAUUAGGGUCAGAAUUAUUUACAUUUAAAUUAGAAUGUGGCAAUUUAAAUUUUGUUUUAUAAGUUUAAUUUUAUCAAUUUAAAUUUUUUAUACAAUGUAUUUACUUAUGCAUUUCUAUAUUUACUUUUAGAUGGCUAAUAGAGGACGAAGUGGAGCUGCAGUUAGUCGGAGGACUGAGCCUCUACAUUCAUCAUCAUCAGAGGGUGGUGGCAUUAGCGCAUCGGUGGGAAAUUUAUCAUUAGGUGGAGGAGAGGCUGGCUCAAGUAGCGAGGCAUCACUAUCUAGGGCUGGGAUGAAGGAGCUGACGAUCGUCAGGGGGAUAUUAUGUCCCUCACAUGAUGUCUCUCAUGUGAUUACUGAGUCAUUCCAGCGAGUAAUGAAUCAUCAUGGCUUCUGUUGGAAAUUAGUGUCGGAUGAACAGAAGAAAGAGUAUUUCAAAGACUUUAAGAAAUUCUUCUACUGGAUAGGAUUGAGUGAAGAUGUUGUGUACAAACAUUGGUACACGAGGGCAAGAGAUAGAUAUAAAGAUCUUAUUCAUAAGAUCAAGAGGUGCCGAAACAACGAGCAUCCACCUCCAUUCAUUCCUGGAAGAGAUUGGGCAAGUUGGAAAGAGUAUUGGGGUCGGGAUGAUGUGAAAGAAUAAGCAGAAAAGGCGCGAAGGAAUAGAAGGAAUAGGAUGUCUGAACCAGAUGGAGUUGGAACAGGGAUCAUAAAGCAUAGAGGUGGCUCAAGAUGUGCUUUGGAUUACGCCAUGGAAAUGGCAAAAGAGAAAGGAGUCACCGUAGAAGAGGUCCAGCUCGAUGUGUUCGAAAGGUUUCACGUCACAAAAUCUGGUGAUUACACAGAUGGGAAGUUUCGUGCUAUUGCAAUGAAGGUGAAUGAGCGUAUUGAGACAUUGAGCCAGCCUGUUCCCGGCGCAGAUGAGGUGCCAGAGGUGGAUAGGAAUGAGAUCUUCAAAAGUCUUAUCCAGCCCUCGAAGAAGAAGAGAUUGUUUGGUGCUGGCUCUCUUGCGCAUUGCUAUAUUAGUGGUUCAUCGAGUGCUGAUUCUGCAGCGACCUCCCAGCUCGAUUCCACUGCUCAGCAGAAGUUGGUGGAGGUGCAGGAACUGUUAGAGUUAGAGAGACAGGAGCGUCAUCAAAGCGAGGAAAAGUUGCGAGCAGAGCUGAGGGCACGAGACGAGGCACAAGCACAGAUGCAGGCACAGUUUCAGGCACAGAUUCAGGCUCAGCUACGAGCUCAGCAGGAGGCGUUUGAGCAAGCUCUAUCGAAGCUAUAUAGUGGUAGAGGAGGCUCAUCAUCUUCCUCUUGAUCCUUUUAUCUUUAUAUGUUGGUUUGGAACUAUUUUGAACACUUUGAUUUUAACUUUUAGUUAUGUUGGAGAUUGAGCUUGUUAUGUUGGAUUUCUAUGAAUUAAUGUGAUAUAAGACUUUUUGUUAUUUAUA